CAGACGUCCCACGUGGUUGCCGGUUUGGGGUGCUGCUGUAGUGGCUAUACGUCCCGCCGCUGUCCCGAAGUGAGGGAUCCGAGCCGCAGCGAGAGCCAUGGAGGGCCAGCGCGUGGAGGAGCUGCUGGCCAAGGCAGAGCAGGAGGAGGCGGAGAAGCUGCAGCGCAUCACGGUGCACAAGGAGCUAGAGCUGGAGUUCGACCUGGGCAACCUGCUGGCUUCGGACCGCAACCCCCCGACCGUGCUGCGCCAGGCCGGGCCGUCGCCGGAGGCCGAGCUGCGGGCCCUGGCGCGGGACAACACGCAGCUGCUCAUCAACCAGCUGUGGCGGCUGCCGACCGAGCGCGUGGAGGAGGCGGUGGUCGCGCGCUUGCCGGAGCCCGCCACUCGCCUGCCCCGCGAGAAGCCGCUGCCUCGACCACGGCCGCUCACCCGCUGGCAGCAGUUCGCGCGCCUUAAGGGAAUCCGUCCCAAGAAGAAGACCAACCUCGUGUGGGACGAGGCGAGUGGCCAGUGGCGGCGCCGUUGGGGCUACAAGCGCGCCCGGGAUGACACUAAGGAAUGGCUGAUCGAGGUGCCUGGGAGCGCCGACCCCAUGGAAGACCAGUUCGCCAAGAGGACUCAGGCUAAGAAAGAACGCGUGGCCAAGAAUGAGCUGAACCGUCUGCGGAACCUGGCUCGCGCGCACAAGAUGCAGAUGCCCAGCUCAGCCGGCCUGCACCCUACGGGACACCAGAGUAAGGAGGAGCUGGGCCGCGCCAUGCAAGUGGCCAAGGUUUCCACCGCUUCGGUGGGACGCUUCCAGGAGCGCCUUCCCAAGGAGAAAGCUCCCCGGGGCUCCGGCAAGAAGAGGAAGUUUCAGCCCCUCUUUGGGGACUUCGCAGCGGAGAAAAAGAACCAGUUGGAGCUACUUCGAGUCAUGAACAGUAAGAAACCUCGGCUGGAUGUGACGAGGGCCACCAACAAGCAGAUGAGGGAAGAGGACCAAGAGGAGGCUGCCAAGAGGAGGAAAAUGAGCCAGAAAGGCAAGAGGAAAGGGGGCCGGCAAGGACCUUCGGGCAAGAGAAAGGGCGGCCCGCCGGGUCAGGGAGAAAGAAGGAAAGGAGGCUUGGGAAGCAAAAAGCCUUCUGCUUUAGGUGGCAAGAAGAAAGGAGUCCCGCACCAAGGUGGGAAGAGGAGGAAGUAAUGUUCUCCCCUCUGGACCUGUUCUGCAAAGCUGGGACUGUACUAAAGGUUAACUUGGGCGGUAUAGGUGGCCGCUGCCCUCAGUGACAUUUGACAUUAAAGGGACGGGUUUGCCUCCCCUCGAGUCAGUGCUGGACGAGUUAAUAGAGACACUGACUGGAAAUUGGUGUAUUUUGAGAAUAUGAGAAUUAUAGAAAUGAUAUAGCCAGAACCAGGAAUAAGUUAAGGCCUGCCUUUUUAUCUUGACUUUGGAUACUGCGUUAUAGUAGAUUGGUUUCAACAUUUUUGCAUUAUUUUUAUAACAAAGCUUGUAAUUUAUCAAAGCGGGGAGGGCGGGGGAAAAUUAUAUCUACCUGUGAUUUGCAAGUGUUGUAAAUGGAUGCAGGUACCUGAUGUUGCUUUUAACUUUUACUGUCGGUAGAGGUUGUAUGUGAAGCCAGUAACCUGGGCACCAAUGUGAAGUGUGCUUGAGAAAAACAAAGUAGUUACAAUGGUUCUAAAAAAGACCCCUUGUUUUGGAAAACCUUGGCACUAACUAUAAUAUUAAAAGUAUAGUGCUUUUUGAUGUUGGUUCAGGUGGUGCAUUUGGCCAAUGGAUUGCUUUAAGUGAUAAAUUGGAACCACACUAAGUAAUGUUAAUUAACCUUGUUACUCUAGAAAUAGUUGUCAUUUUGUUUGUAACCGGUGGCUUUUGUUUAAUUGGCUUGGGUUUUAGAUAUUGUCAAGUGCAGGGCUGGCAUUCACUAUGGAACCAAGGCUGACCUGGAACUCAGGGCCAAGUGCUGAGAUUAUAAUCGAGCAGCUACGCCCAGCAGCAGAUUUCAUGUUUAUUUCUGUCCUGGAUGUUUUUCCCUGUUUCAUUGUCUUAUUUUGUUCUUAAUAAACUUAUCUUUGCAUAAUUA